CUCAUUCGUGCCUAUGGAGCCAAACCAUGUCGUCUUCAGGCCAGCUCUUAUUUUGACAUCGAGACGAGACUCAUACAAUGCUUAGUCAUGGUGACUUACAGCUUUCCACCGAUCGUGUGUGGUGUUCAGACAGCGACAGAAGAACGGACUGGAGCUUUGUACUCAGCUAAUCCUACUGCUUUCCAUUAAACACACCAGUGCAAACUGGUUCCAAAGCUUCCAAAAUUCCAAAGCUGGAAGUGACUUCUAGGAAAUCCAGCAUAGCGACCCUGCCUCAUUCCUUCGGACCUCUUGCGAAACCUCCCUCGAAUGCGGCUUCUCUCUCUCAGCAGAGUUUAUUCCCGUCUCCUCUCAGAUCUUGGCAAAGCCGGAGCCUAAAAGAAGUCUUAAUUAAUACUGCUAUUAAAAUGCGGUACUAAAUUUAUUCCCCCCCACCCGCUCCUUCAAGCAGAAAAUCAAUAUGUCAUUUUAACCUGCCAUUGCAUAUUCCUUACUAGCUGAAACGUGUCCCUGUGGAUACCUAAUUCCUCUGAACGACUCAGGACCUAUGAUCAGUGUUUUGUUUUUUUACACAUCUGACUGCUUCAGGUUUUUCCCCUGUUGCUAAAGUAAACACUUGUGGUCAAACAAACUAACUAUAUGAUUUCCUAAGGUCCUGUCACACCUGCUCUAUUAUUCCUGCCCAGAAGACCUCUCGGUAUCUUUUAAUUUCUCUUGUUCUCCUUUGCACGGUUUUCCCGAUUUCAUAAGACGAAGGUUUGCCCUUAGACAGAGCGAGGGGGGCAGCGGAAAUUCCAAAACACAAAACAAUUUAAUGAUGCAGUAAAUCCAAUUGCAGCUCUGGCCAUGUUGUAGCACACAAACAACCAUGACUGGCAGUUAACACCACAGGUUUUUUUACCGUUGACUUUUGAACCCCAAUGUUACACCAUGGCUGGACUUGUGAGAUAAGUUGGACUCCAAACAAAAACCCCUCGGACUUUCAUAGCUUUUUCAUCGUUUUUUUUGGUUAGUUUGAACCUUUUCCCCCUACAUUUGCCCUUUGCCACCCGGCGAGCAAGGAUAUGCCUGUCAACGCGACCCGCGGUUGUUGAGGACGCGCAAACGGGAGAAGGGGAAAUGACGGAGAGCAUGACCGAGUGCAAGGCGCUGGUGACGCCGUCGACGCGCAACGGCCACCGGGUCUUCAGCUACACGCUGGAGAGCCACACGGCGGCCGCUUUCGCCAUCAUGAACGAGCUGCGGACGGACGGGCAGCUGUGCGACGUGACGCUGCACGUGCGCUACAAUGACCUGGACGCCGUGGACUUCGUGGCCCACAAGGUGGUGCUGGCCUCGUCCUCGCCCGUGUUCCGCGCCAUGUUCACCAACGGGCUGAAGGAGUGCGGGAUGGAGGUGGUGCCCAUCGAGGGGAUCCACCCUCGGGUGAUGGAACGGCUGAUCGAGUUUGCCUACACUGCCAGCAUCUCCGUGGGGGAGAAGUGUGUGAUCCAUGUGAUGAACGGCGCGGUCAUGUACCAGAUCGACAGCGUGGUCAAGGCCUGCUGCGACUUCCUGGUCCAGCAGCUGGACCCCAGCAACGCCAUCGGCAUCGCCAACUUCGCCGAGCAGAUCGGCUGCACCGAGCUGCACCAGAAAGCCCGCGAGUACAUCUACAUGAACUUCAGCCAGGUGGCGACGCAGGAGGAGUUCUUCAACCUGUCCCACUGCCAGCUGGUGACCCUCAUCAGCCGCGACGAGCUCAACGUCCGCUGCGAGUCCGAGGUCUUCCAGGCCUGCGUGGCGUGGGUGCGCUACGACCACGAGAACCGCAAGCCUUUCGUCCAGGCGCUGCUCCAGGCGGUCCGCUGCCACUCCCUCACCCCCCACUUCCUCCAGGCCCAGCUGCAGUCCCUGGAGUGGGACCCGCAGUGCAAGGACUACCUGGCCCAGAUCUUCCAGGACCUCACCCUCCACAAGCCCACCAAACUCAUCCCCUGCCGGACCCCCAAGGUCCCCCAGCUCAUCUACACGGCCGGGGGCUACUUCCGCCAGUCGCUCAGCUACCUGGAGGCCUACAACCCCUGCACGGGGGCCUGGCUGAGGCUGGCCGACCUCCAGGUGCCCCGGAGCGGCCUGGCGGCCUGCGUGAUCAGCGGGCUCUGCUACGCCGUCGGGGGGAGGAACAACGCCCCCGACGGGAACAUGGACUCCAACACCUUGGACUGCUACAACCCCAUGAACAACCGCUGGCUGCCGUGCGCCCCCAUGAGCGUGCCGCGCAACCGCAUCGGGGUGGGCGUGAUCGACCGGAUGAUCUACGCGGUGGGCGGGUCCCACGGGUGCUACCAUCACAACAGCGUGGAGAGAUAUGACCCCGACAGAGACCAGUGGAACCUGGUGGCCCCCAUGCUGACGCGGCGCAUCGGCGUGGGCGUGGCCGUCAUCAACCGGCUGCUGUACGCCGUCGGGGGCUUCGACGGGACCAACCGUCUCAGCUCGUCGGAAUGCUACAACCCCGAGAGGGACGAGUGGAACACCAAGGCCUCCAUGAACACCGUGCGCUCCGGAGCAGGCGUUUGCGCCCUGGGGAACCGCAUUUACGUGAUGGGCGGCUAUGACGGCACCAACCAGCUGAACACGGUGGAGCGCUACGACGUGGAGACGGACACCUGGACCUUCGCCGCCUCCAUGAGGCACCGCCGGAGCGCUCUGGGCGUCACCACGCUGCACGGACGCAUCUACGUCCUGGGCGGCUACGACGGGGACACCUUCCUGGACAGCGUGGAAUGCUACGAGCCCGAAACGGACACGUGGUCCGAGGUGACGCGCAUGACGUCGGGGAGGAGCGGCGUGGGCGUGGCCGUCACCAUGGAGCCCUGCCAAAAAGAGUGCCAGGUGCCCAAUAGUAACUGCGGCGCCUCGUCUUCCUACUCGUGCGGGGACUCCUCUCAUCACAUGACGAGGCACGGCGGGUCCUUCGGAAAGGGGACUUGACCCUGCCCCCUCCCCCAAGGCUUUCAUACGAAAGUAACCCCUUGCAGAGAUCUCAAUAAAUGUAUGAUUAGUUUCUGAUUCGAGAGCGUUUGAUUCACUCUGCUCCGACUCGCAUGUUCAGGCGUAGAAAUAGCCAUGUUCAAUCUAUUUCUACGCUACUCGCCUCCGACUGGAGCAACAUCCCCUUUUGGACCAAUGUCUCCCAGGUUCAACCAAUGGGAGAGAAGGGCUGAAUAUUCAAAUGGACACUGACAAAGCAUCCAGGGGUUCUUUUUUUUUUUCUACUUCAAGACCAGCCUGUGCAGACCAACCAAAUCUAAGGGGGGCAUGGGGGGGGUGGGGGGGGUUGAAAACAGUUACGCAUUUGUCAGUAUCAGAAACCUGGGAGGAUUUCCACAAUGCAAAAAGUGCCAUUAGCAUGUCUCUGGGCAUGACCUUUUUAUCAUCAGUAUACGUAACUCCUGUGCGAUACCGUAAGAGAGAAGACACAAAAUGGUGGCACUUGGACGCUCGCGGGCUGGUGAUGUGCUUUUACAGUAGUUUACAGUCCAUGUCCUAUUCUCCCCUUCCUGAGCCCCAACUCAUAGCUCAUGUAGAAACACCCGCUCCAUCGUCCGAACAUCCCCUAACCCCUGGCUACUCGGUUGCUAAGCGGUUAUCAAAGCAUUUGGUUGGUGUUAUCACCAUGGCAAAUACAUUGGCCUGUUAUAAGCCAAUGGUCACAUUUGCCUAUCCGAUCUGUUUUAUAUCUACAUUACCUGGAAAUGGCUUAAGGGGAUAGGAUCACACCAUUAAUUGGAGCAUAUAGAACCUUGGCGAGUCCAGUUAACCUUCAAGAUGACAAAUGUGUCAAUAAGCAUGGCAACACUACACAUAGUCAAAUCUCAGAACUCUCCCUGCUGUUACCAUUGUGUUUUACAUGCAUCCUGCCUUUCCCCAGAUCACAAGUGACCAUUAUUAUCCUGUAGAGUAUUUUUGGAGGAUGAAAUGGCGAGAACUAAUCUGUGUAAGGAAAUGUAUUUGUAAACAGUGGUUUAAGCUACAAGAUUUUUUUUUUCUUUUUUUUCUUUUUUUUUUUUAAUAAGGUUUUGUACAUUUGUACAUGAUAUUCCACAGGAUUCUUGUACAUAAUUCAAGAGCUCAGUUUUCUAUUUAUUUUGUUCCGGUCCUCCUUGUCUUGUCAUUUGUUUCAACUGACUACAUCUUUGUACUGAAAUUGAACUCGUGUUAUUUUGUGUCUUGCUAACCAGCAUGCGUUGUAAUUGGGGAUGCCUAUGAAUGCUACAUUUAAAAGUUUGUAAAAAAUUUACUUAAGUUUCAAAGGGACUUAUUUUCUCGUCUGUAGUUUGAAAUGAAAAAAUAAUAGGAUAUUUAAAGACUGCUUUGUACAUUUUUCAGCCAACAAUGCCUGUACAAAAAUACACAUUGUAUAUUAAUAAAGUUUAUGUUUAUUGUA